AUUUGCCUCCUAGAAAUAAAGCUGGCAAACAUCGAACGAUUAGAAAGUUCGACCAGAAGUACAGCAUCCUUCUCAUCAUUAUCGUGGACAGAUUUCUAAAAAUUGUUCAAAAUUAGAUUCCUUGGCAAUCAUGCCGGAGCCUAAACAGCAGAUCUACCGUCGACUACACUCUGCCACGGCACAUAACUGGGAGGAGGAGAAAAACAAGUACAAGGACAUUGAAGAUGAUGGCACCAUGACAUUCUUUUGGCGGGCCCAUACGCUGACUGUACUGCUGUUGUUCAGCUGCAUAUUGGUGUACGUGGCCUUCUUUGAGGAGCAAUCUAAUGACUCCGACUACAACAUGAAGAGAGGGGUGACAGCUAUGGGUCUAUGUUUUCUGCUGUUUGGUGUCACCCAGACCCCUGAUGGACCCUUCCGCAGACCACAUCCAGCAUUUUGGAGGCUGAUAUUGUGUCUAAGUAUAUUAUACGAACUAGCAAUGGUUUACCUUCUUUUUCAAAGUCCUGCAGAUGCCCGGGCAUUGAUGAAGCACAUAGAUCCCAGAUUAGGCGUGCCCCUUCCGGAAAAAGAUUACGGUGGCAACUGUCUCAUAUAUGAUGCUGAUAAACCAGAGGAUCCUUGGCAUAAUUUCUGGGAUAAAAUGGAUGGAUUUGUCGCUACUCAUUUCUUUGGUUGGUGGCUUAAGACACUGAUUAUCCGAGAUGUAUGGUUCUGCAUGGUGAUCAGCCUCAUGUUUGAAAUAUUGGAAUACACACUAGAGGGGGCUUUCCCAAACUUUAGCGAGUGCUGGUGGGAUCAUUGGAUAAUGGACGCUCUGGUAUGUAACGGCCUUGGGAUCUAUCUCGGCAUGAAGACCAUGAACUACCUUUCCAUGAAGCCGUACCACUGGCGUGGCAUGUGGAACCAACCCACAUACAGGGGCAUGGCUAAGAGAGUGGCACUACAGUUUACCCCAUACAGUUGGACAGACUUUGAAUGGCGUCCCACCUCCAGUCUCAUACGCUGGUGUGCCACACUUGCCAUCUUCUUCAUUUUCCUGCUGGCAGAGUUGAACACAUUUUUCCUGAAGUUUGUGUUGUGGAUCCCGCCAGACAACUACCUUAACCUGACUCGACUUGUUUUCUUGCUCUUUAUGGGGUCAUGUGCCUUACGGGAGGGGUUCCAGUACCUAGAUGACCCAACAUGUAAGAAGUUCGGUCGUCAAGCCUGGAUGAUAAUUGCAAUCAUCGUCACCGAGUUUCUUGUUGCUGUGCGUCUAGACCAUAAGACCCUUCUGAAGCCCAUUCCCACACAUAUAGCGCUCUUCUGGACAGCUGGCAUUGCUUGUCUUAUAGGAUACACAAUAUGGAAAUUCUACAUUGUUCGCGAUGUUAAAAAUGACUUGGAAGCCUUGCGAAAGAAGAAAGUUGCUGAAACAAUUCAAGAAGAACAGGAGAAAGAACAGCCUAAUGAUCUACAAGCCCUCAAUAACAACAAGGUUAAAAAGCGAGAAAAAUCAAAAACUGGCUCUGCAAGCCUAUAGAUAACUUGUGACUUUGUUAGAACUUAUUAAGACUUUGUAGGCAAGCAAAGUUUAGGUGUUAUGUUUGGUUAUCUGUUCUUUGAAGUUAAAAAUAUAUCAAUAUGAAACUUAGAAACUUAGAGGAGGCUUAAAUAUGCGAUGAAUCAUGCCUGUUGAUCAACUGGGAAAUACAGAUGUGAACCGGCAUCUGUUUGGGGUGUUCUUGUUCUGGUAUUGUUGUUAUGUUAAUGUUUCAUUAGUUAAGUAAUUGUUGCUUAGAUGAAGUUAUGAUUGUAAAUGUUGCAAAUAUACGUAAAUGUCUAAAUGUUUUAAGUGUGCUUAAUUUAUCAAAGUACAUCAAAUUUAUCAUUAUAAAUAUCUAUAUCAAACUUUCCUGUUUCAUGAUAAAUAGCGUAUAUUUCUAAUACCCAAUGUUGUCCUUUUUGUGAGUUCUCUCAUGUGGUAAGUUCUUUUGAAUAGAAUAAAUCAAGGAAUUUUAAAUUAACUCAAUUUCAUUGUGCUAUUUGACCAACAGCUCAUAUACAUAUGAUCGAACUUAGAUUUUUAUAUAUUAUCUAAAUUCAUGUAGUAUAGUUAAUUAGAAAUAGUCAAGUAGAAAAACUAGUCUUGCCAUCAUGAUACACCAAGAAUAGGAUGAUAUAACCAACGUUGCUUGAUCUCUAAUUCAUCUGCAUCAAUAAUUACCUGUAGAAUCAUGUAGUGUAUACUCACUCAUUAAUUUGGGGUAGUAGUUUUUUUUGUACCCAUCAUGAAGUCAAAGGUGUAAUUUGCAUUUACAGGCACCAAAUUCACUAUGCCUUCAGUCUUAGUUUAAGACUCAGACUCAGAAAUGAGAAUGUUGAAAUGUAGAUUUGUUCAUUCUCUUGGAUAAAUGAUUUGUAAUUCAUGAUAAAACUUGUUAUUAAGAACAUGCUCAAUUUGACAAUAAGUUAUUUAACUCUUGAUCCUUGAGUCACUCAGACACAGGACAUCAGUGAAUAUGGCCUCUGAUCUAUAAAAUAAGGGCUAAAAGCUAACGAUAAGUUUUAUAUAUGUGACACUUACAUUUUUGUCAAACAGAAGCAUAUUAUUUGUUGACAACUGUUCACAACACAGUAUAUUGUACUUCAUUGUAUCUAGAAAGUAUCUGUUGUAUGUAAAAUUCACCUUGUAACCGUUAUUACUGCUAAAUUAUAACAUGCUGAAAUUAUAGUUGUACAUGUAUAAUUAUUUCACUGUCAUUUGUGAUAUUUUUGCUUUUUUUAUCAAAAGUAUGAGAUGCAUAAACAAGGAUGUUUGCGGAUUUUAGCAGAUCCAAUAGAUUCAGGGUCCCAAAAAACAACAACUUUUUUUUUAAAUUGAAUUUUGUUGUUAUUUAUUUCUUUCUUGUUGUUUGGCAUUAUGGUUACCUUUAAAUUUGAGCAGAGCCCUGUUAGAUCGUUUUCUCAAGUCUGUUGCUACCACGUGCCUUUUGGGGAACUAAGAGUGGUCCCCAACUCCAUCGCUGAAAUGGUGUCAGCCCACCAGCUGCCAAGCCAAUCACAUUCUUGAGCGAGAAUCUAUCAUUUAAUCUACAUGUACAUGGGUAGCUUAAGUAGGUUUUUUCAGAAGUUGGUCACCAUAUUACAAAAUGUAAACCAUUUUAUGUGUAUAACUUACUGAUGAAAUGUUUUUUGUAUGUAAUUAUAGGAAUCUAAAUGAAGAUACAUUGUAUGUAUAGCCUAUGUAUAUCAAAUUGUAAGAUAGCAAUGUUGGAGCUCAUGUGUGUUUAAAUUGAUACUUCAAAUAAUUCUGUAGUCAGUUAGAGCUAAUUUCAUUUGUAGAUUCAAGAAUGGGUAGUUAAUGUCAUAUCAUAUGGACAAUCACUAUGUUUCUUUCCUCUUCAAAGAUCAAAGGCGGAUGGAAAUAAUUUCUUUUUUUACACUUUUGUUUAAUUUAAACCAUACCUCUGAUAUCACUUGGCAAUACAUGGUUUUUGUGCUAAAAACUACAAUGAAUUAACUUUUCAACAUAUAUAAACUGACACAUUUUUAAACUGUAAUCAGUCAUGACAAACUAAAAAUGUAAAUUACAAUCAUUAGUUAUGAGAUUUAUACCAAGGUGUUUUUUGUCAUAUCAACUUCUAUUGGUACAAGGUUGAAGUUAUUGUCUUGGGUUUGCGUCCCACCUGAUGGCCUUUAAGGAGAUACCAGUAUUGGGUUAUACCCAGAAUAUCAGACUCAAGUGCCAUUUAUAUAUGAUCUUAUCGCUGCCUUUUUCAUCAAAAUAAAACGGGUAGCCAUAGGUAGAUGUUUAAUAAAGUGUUGUCUAUUACAUUAUGUGAUGAGUCCAUAAAUUACAUUUAUUUCCAUUGUUUAUUUCUCAGUAUUCCAGUGUUGCCUUGCUGUAUGCUGUCCAGCUUUACACGCCAGACUGCUUUGGACAUUGGUAUUUUCCCAAAGUGCUUUAUAUUGUUAAAACUAGGUGUUUGUCAUGUUAUAUUAAAUUUGUCUGCAAUUAGGUUGGAUUAAAGAGCAAGUAAAUGGCAAAAAAAAUGAUUUGUAUGCUUUCCUAUAUAUCAUAUAUGAAAUUGAUACUCCCUUCAAAAUACUCCAGGGUGUCUUCUAAAUUGAAAUAUGCCUCUAUAUACUUGUACGUGUGUAGGAGUACAUGCAUACCGUCAUUUUCACUAGUUAAAAUCAUGAGUAUCCUUGACUUAAAAGCCAAAUUUUUGUACACGUUCUUUAGGACAAAUUCCUGUUCAUUUACAAAGUCAAAAUUGUGCUAUUGUCAGAAAGCUUUUAAAAUGUAUGAAGAUUUUUACUGACAUGUCUCAACAGGGCUGAUUUGAAAUGAUAGAUUUUAAUAGCUUUUGUUUCAAUUUUUGUUUAACAUACUUGAUAAAAGUAUGAAUAAGCCAUGAUAGCAAUUCUGUUUAGUAUGCUAUAGUUAUAUUUAGUUGAGAGGUUUCUUCUAUAUUUGUGUUCAUGCAUUAUCCCUUUAUCUAUGGUUUUGUUUAUGAUUUCAUGUGCAGUAUGAUUCUUAGCAUUUAUUGCCUUGAUAAUCAAAACAUCUGUUGGAAAUCUAUUGCAGAUAUUUUCUCAUGGAAUAAGUAUGCAGUAAUUAGUGUUAAGUGUGUUUCACUAAGCUAUUGUAGCUGGCCUAAGUGUUUUACUUUCUGCACAAAGUUUUUUUUAUAUAGCUUUUGGGCAUGUGCGUAGAACCGACUAAAUAAAACCAAAUAUGUAACUUUGGGGGUCAUUUUCGUCAUAAGCUUUAUUUAAAGUUACUUAAAUCAGAGUUUUCCUGGGAGGAAUAAACUGCAUUUAUAAUUGUUUAAUUUUCUAUGAAUCCAUAUUUGAAAUCCUGCUGAAUUUGAGUUUGAAAAGGAUCAGGGUUCUCAGUGUGAAUGCUAUUGGCAGCAUUUAGUGAAAGCAGGAGUCCAUUCUACUUGUUUUCAAGGGACUUAUUUAUGUUUUAUAGGGUCAGACAUUUAAAAAAAAAAUUGUGAACUGUUGAUAAAAUACAAAAUACAUGUUUGAAUAAGAUCUGUAUUGUUUAAUGUAAUUAUAUAGAAAUAAUAGAGAAAAUGCUCUACAAUCAAAAAUCAUUGGCUUGACGUCGCUUGGCUCGAUUUUCUUAUUGGCUCGAACUUGAUGAAAAGGACCGAUUUUUUUUAUUACUCUAUAGUAAGCAUCCCUGCUUGGCUUGACAUUUGCGAGGCUCGAAGUAAUUUUGGCCGGUCCCUGGGAUAUCGAGCCAAUGGGUUUCGACUGUAUUUCCAUGGAAAAUAUAGAAACUCUAGAAAAAUUCUAAACCUAAACCCCGAAGGUAAAGUGCGAGUCCUUGGACUGCCAAAUGUGAGUGAGAACCCGGAGGACGGUCCUGUAAAAUUCAGUAUGAAAUGAAGAAAAUAGCCUCGCUUAUAAUUCAUGAGGUUUGUAUUCAUAUAAUUUGGCACAUUGAACUUCAGUUUGAAUAUGUGGACGUUCAAAGAAAAAAUCUGUGCUAUAUUGUCAAGUGUCAACAUAUUGAUUGUGAUUCUUAAUUUAAAGAGCUAUGGUCAGUUUAACCACUAUUUUCGUUGGCUGUGCCAAUCAUGUUUGUUGUUAUAACAGUCCAUCUAUGUCACUAUCCCUCCAUGUAUUUCUAGGCUUACAAAAGUUCAGUUAUGAUUUGUAGCAUAUAUUUGUAUGAAAAAAAUAAAACGUAUAGAUUA